GGUCCAAACCAUUUUCUCCACUUACCUCUGUAAUGUCAAUUGCCAUUGUUGGCGGCCGUGUCCGCGUCGCUCCGCCCCUAAAUGUGUCGGAGUCUGAGUCCGGCGGGAUAAGGGCAACUCCUCUCCUCCUGCUGCCGAUCAGCUGGACUUCUUCCCAGGGAGACACAAGAAGCAAGAAGCCGGAGGGAGGGAGGGGGACGCAGGCAGAGCCGCCGGACAAACCCCAGCACAUCCAGUGAAAAGGCAGCAGCAGCGGAGCAGAGGGCACGGGGGUGGCCGCACCAUGUCCUUGAGCCCAAAGCACUCCACUCCCUUCUCAGUCACAGACAUUUUGAGCCCGAUGGAGGACAGCUACCGGAGGUUUGGAGGUAUGGAUCCCACCGCGGGGAGCCUCGGGUCCCCGCUGGGCGCCUACCGGCAGCAGCAGGUCUCUCAGCCCGGUAUGCAGCAUCAGCAGCAGCCGCUGCAGCAGCAGCAGCAGCAGCAUCAUCAGCCGCCUCAUCUCCACCACCAUCACCAUCAUCACCACCAUCACCACCUGUCCUCCUCUUCAUCCUCAUCCUCCUCCUCUUCCUCAGCCUCGGCCACCGCAGCAGCCGCCACACUGGGACCCGGCGGGCCCUACCAUGUGCCCCACGGGGUGCCACAGUUCUCCGGGGCCGUCGGCGGGUUCUGCAACGGCGGCAUCGGGAACGUUGGAGACCUGCCGUCCUACCAGGAGACGGUGAGGAGCGGAGGAGCUGCGGCGGCGUGGUACAGCAACCCGGAGCCCAGAUACCCGACAAUUUCCAGAUUCAUGGGCCCCUCCGCCGGGAUGAACAUGUCCGGGAUGGUGGGCAGUCUGGCCGGGAUGGACCCCACCGCCAAGUCCAUGGUGACGCUGCACGCGGCACCGCGCAGGAAGCGGCGGGUGCUCUUCUCUCAGGCGCAGGUGUACGAGCUGGAGCGGCGCUUCAAGCAGCAGAAAUACCUGUCUGCCCCGGAGCGGGAGCACCUGGCCGGACUGAUCCACCUCACCCCGAACCAAGUCAAGAUCUGGUUCCAGAACCACCGCUACAAACUGAAGCGGCAGGCCAAGGACAAGGCCGCGCAGCAGCUGCAGCAGGACGGAAGCGGAGGGGGAGGCGGCCUGUGCGCAACGAACCGCCGCUCCUCCUCCGUGUCCCCGGUCCUCUCCAAGAACGGUAAGAGCUGCCGGUCCGACUCCGACGGCUCCAACCAGGCCGGGAACCGACAGCGCAGUUCGGGGGAGGCCAUGACGGCGACCCCGCAGCAGCAGCAGCAGCAGCAGCAGCAGCAGCAGCAGCAGGUGAACCAACUGUCCUCUACGGACGACCUGGAGGAUUUGUCUCCUAGUCCGCCGAUGGGGCUGCACGGUCAGAUCAACAUGACGCAAACGGACGCGGCGCUCAUCGAGUACACCAACAGCAUGAUCGGCUCUAAUUUACUGUACGGGAGGACUUGGUAGGGACACCGGGAGGAGGACAGGCGGGAUCGGGCCUGUGGGGGAUCAUUCCCGGGUUGGAUUGUUUGGAGAACCGGAUGGAGGACAAGCACCAGAUCCGUUUCCUUUCCGUGCGUAAAGUUCUGGUUCCUUCACGCACACAGGGACUCAAAGGACACUCAGUGGUUUUGAGCAACACGGUGCAAAAAUAAACUGUAUAUUAGAGCUUUGAAACUGGUCUGAAUGUUGAUAAUUAUUAUUUUCUCACUUCAAAAACUCAACAUUUGUUUUUCUCUCUGUUUUUGAAAAUGUCGCUGUUGCCGAAACUAAACCAGAAAAAUCUAAUUAGAGGAGAUGAGGACGAGGCGCAGCCACUGGGCUUCACUUUCAUUUCUACAACUAAUUUAAUUAUUGCAGGUUUAUAUCAGAAGUUAAAUCUAAGUGAAGCAAUAGAGACCGGUUUAAAAAAAUAAGCAUUUAUCCCGGGAGGAGCUGCAGCAGAGAAAUAUUUUCACCGAGAGUUAAGUCAUUAAAUAUUCUUUGUUACAGCUGAUUUGAAUUUGUUUCCAAUAUUGAAUAAAUGAUAUUUUCAUUUUGAA